AUGGAGCUAGCCCCCGAGGUCGAAGAUGCUCUGAAGGACAAGAAGGAUAUCAAUCCCAUCUUGGCAAAGUAUGCUGAUAGGCUCUCAGGAGGGACGACGACAGACGUUCGGCUUUGGUUUAUGACUAGGAAGCAUUUCCGGGAUGCGGACCUAAGCGUCCACGACUUCUUCAAAGAGAUGGAGAAGGUUUUGCCAAACAUAUUCUCUCCCGUCGACCUCUUGAACACUUCUGUUGGGCCGUCCUUCAUUUACAACAUGCCUGCCAAUGUAGGAUCCCCUGCUGAGAUUCCUCCGAGUCCCGAUGAUGUUGCAGUCGAGCGGGGGCGUCGAGAUUCCUUGGAUGGUCAUCCGCCGUCAAUGGACGCAAAUGGGAUGACGACUUCAGGAACCAAUACGACCGAGUCCUCCCCGGGUGGCUUUGAAGAUUUCGAGGGAUACCCAACACCUGAGGUCGAUGUCGGAGUAUCUACCGGUUCGACCCCUACCGAUGUUCUAUCCACUUCCGGGAAGGUCUUAGUCGACCCAUCUUUUCAAAAGAAAAGAGAACAAUUGUCGACUCUGGAAGCUGAUCUUUGCAAUACCAUUCAUGCAAUCCAUGAGACGGAAUUGGAGGCGGCUAAAAAGAUCAUUUUCGACUUAGGAACCGAGGUCGCCAAUCUUCGCCAACUUAGGACGGUGAUGUAG